AUGGGCAGUGUCGAGGAACCUAGCUUUAGCCAGAAGAAUGAAGGCCUCGACUACGAUGUUUUGAUUAUCGGCGCCGGUCUCUCUGGAAUAUACAGUCUGUAUCGGAUGCAUCAGUUAGGCCUAAGGACAAAAGUCUUAGAGGCUGGUGGAGGAGUGGGGGGAACAUGGUACUGGAACCGUUACCCAGGUGCACGAUUCGACUCAGAAAGCUAUUCGUACAACUUCUCCUUCUCACAAGAGCUCCUGAAUGAGUGGAACUGGUCAGAGCACUUUGCAUCGCAGCCAGAAACACUACGGUAUUGCGAGUUUGUUUGCGACAAAUUCGAUCUCCGUCGGGACAUGCAAUUCGACACUCGAGUCACGUCUGCACAUUUUCAAGAUGACACAAAUUCAUGGCGCGUCACAGACAAUUGUGGCCGUCAGUAUACAUCGCGAUUUUUGGUCACCUGCAUCGGCAUCUUGAAUAAUUAUACCAUGCCCAAUAUCCCAGGAGUCGCAAAUUUUAGAGGGGAAGCGUGCCACACUGCACGAUGGCCGCGGGAGCCAGUCGAUUUCACCAACAAAAGAGUAGCCGUGAUCGGUACCGGUGCGACAGGAAUCCAAACCAUCCAAGAGAUUGCCAAAAAGGUUGGCCAUCUCACAGUGUUCCAGCGAACUCCUAACUGGAGUUUACCUCUGCGAAAUGGACCUAUUAGCGCAGAAGAGAUGGAGGAAAUUCGUUCUCAAUACCCAGAAAUCUUUCGAAAGUGCUCGGAAACAUGGUCCUGUUUCAUGCAUGUCUCUGAUACGCGUAACACACUCGAAGUCAGUCCUGAAGAGAGGGAGCAGUUCUGGGAGGAACUUUAUGAAAAGCGAGGCUUUGCUAAGUGGCUCGGAAACUUUGGCAACAUCAAUACGAAUAAAGAGGCGAACGAUCUAUUCAGCGACUUUGUGGCAAAUAAAAUUCGCCAGCGUGUUCAUGACCCUGUUACCGCCGAAAUCCUUAUCCCAAAGUGCCACGGAUUUGGUACCAAGAGAGUGCCCCUGGAGUCCGGCUACUUCGAGGCUUAUAACCAGCCGAACGUACGACUCGUGGAUGUCAAGGCAAAUCCAAUUGAAAGCAUCACGGAAACUGGAAUCCGUACCCGAGACGAGUCCUUUGAUUUUGACAUUAUCAUCUACGCCACAGGAUUUGAUGCCGUUACUGGAUCUUUCACAGCUAUCGAUUUCAGAGGUACAGGAGGGGUUAAAUUGUCUGAUAGAUGGGCAGAUGGUCCACGGACAUUCCUCGGUUUAUUUGUUGAAAGCUUUCCAAAUAUGAUGAUGGUAAUGGGGCCUCAUCAGAUGUUUGGAAAUAUACCGCGGAGUGUCGAAUAUGCGGUCGGCUGGGUGUCGCGUUUUAUCGAAUACUGUCGCGAUAAUGGUAUCACAUUUGCGGAAACAACACGACAAAAUGUCCUCGACUGGACUGAGCAUGUGCACAAUUGUGCCGAGGGCCUUUUGGCCAAUGACGUUGAUUCAUGGAUGACCGGAGUCAACAAAAACUUGGCGCAUAAACAAAAACGCAUUAUUGCAAGAUAUCAGGGUCCAGCACCGGGUUAUCGAAAGCUUGCCGAGGGUGUGGUUUCAAGGGAGUAUAAUGACCUGAAGUUGUCCAGACUAUAA